AGUUUUCACCUUUUUUUAUAGCCUAAUUAGUGCUAAUUGGAGGAAAUAGCAGCAGUAUGCGGUGCUUAAUAGCGUCAUGCAUAAACGAUAUGCAUUUGCGCAAAGAAAACGGCGGUUCUUCAACACACAGGAUUCCGACGAAUCCGGACAGGAACGCCCGCUGGAUUCAAAUUUUAUCCGGAACAGAUUGCUUCAUGGGUGAGAACGCGAGGAUAUGUUCGAGACACUUCUACGAAACUGAUUUCGUUUUGGUGAACGGGAGAAGGAAGCUCAAGAAGGAUGCGAUACCUCGUUUAUUUCUAACGGAGAUAGACGAACAGUAUGCCGUAGCCAUAGCUUUGAAUGACCGCUACGCUAAAGUCAGGGUACCACUUGGCACCAUAACGAAUCAGCAACAAAUACCAUCAAACAGUGACUCUGAUGUCGGAACAAUUCGAGCACGCCUACAGCUGAACCUUUUGGCUUCGGAUAGCGAUGAUCCCGUUGGGUUCAAAGAGAAACCAUCACCACAAAAAUCCACAGUAGGCCAGACAAAUCAGCUGCCUCAAUCGAAACAUCUAAGCAUCGGACUGACAUCGACAGAUCAGCCGACUCAAUCGAACUACCUAAGUAUCGGACCGACAUCAAUUACACAGUAUUCACCAGUGCAUCCGGUCGUUCCAGUGAACCAUAUGCCACCUAUCAAAAGCACAAACGCGACUCCUAUGGUUAACUCAACAGCAGGGAUCAAACGGAUCAGAUAUGCAGGUGAUGUAAAGAAUAUUUCAUCGCUCACACCACAGCAAGCACUACAGGCGAUUCCAGUGAUUCAGAAUCAGCUUCAACGGUCUGAAAAACGUACAAACCGUCUCAAGCAGCAAAAUAUACAUUUGCGAAAGAAAGUUGCCAAAUUUUCUAGUAUUAUGACUGAACUGAAGAAGCACGAUUUGAUCAACGGUCAAGGAGAACUGAUUUUACAGCUGCGAUUGAAGCAAAAAGCGAAGGCCCUUAAUGGGCGUCCGCUUCUCGUUAGCCUCUGUAUGGAUGAGGUCGCAAUCAGACAGCAUACGGAAUGGAAUCAGUAUAGGAAGAAAUUUGAAGGUACUGUUGACUUUGGAGACUCUUUUAGUUUUCUCAAUGCUACCACUGAAGACGGCUUACAUGUAGCUAAAGAAGCAUUAGUUUACAUGAUCUCAUCUGUGGAGGAAAACUGGAAAAUUCCUGUGGCUUUCUUUUUCAUUAACGGCAUUGGAGCAUCGGACAAGAAAUCGUUAACUGAGACCAUACUGACUGCACUUCACGACGUAGGAGCAACGGUGAUCGGGCUUACUUUCGACGGAACGGCCACUAAUAUUGCAAUGGCCAAUGCUUUGGGUUGCAACCUUCGUGUCAACAAUAAACCGUUCAAAACAAACUUCAAGCAUCCAUCUACCAACGAAAAUGUCUUUGUUAUUCUCGAUGCUUGUCACAUGCUGAAGCUCGCAUGA